GGCCUCUCGGGGAGCACGUCCGGGGCCCGGGGCGGGGCGGACUCGGCUGCAGGGACCGCGCGGCGCAGGCAGUGCUGCGCUCCCUCCGCUCGGCUGGGACCCUCCGCGGCAGGGCAGGAGCGCAGGGCAGGGCAGGAGCGGGCGCAGGGCCGGCAGCAGACGCGCUCUCCGUGGAGGCUCCGCCGCUCGCGCUGAGGCUCCCACGGCGCCUUCCCCCGCGGUGAGUCCGGAGCUGCUUUUAUUCGAGGUUGCCAGAGUGUGGGAGAAGAACCUGCAGAGGUCAGCCGUGAAGAGUCUGCCUAUCGUUGGCCAAUCCACCCCCAAGAUGGCCGGAAAUUGCUCGUGGGAUGUCCACGCCCAGAACAGGAAUAAGGUGUGCCCAGGGGUGAACGAAGCCCCGGAACUCUACAGCCGCGGCUUCCUGACCAUGCAGCAGAUCGAGGCUUUCCCCCCACCUGUUAUCAUGAGUUACAUUUUCCUGCUCAUCUGCCUGUGUGGGCUGCUGGGCAAUGGAGUGGUGCUCUGGUUUUUCGGCUUCUCCAUUAAGCGGAACCCCUUCUCCAUCUACUUCCUCCACCUGGCCGUGGCCGACAUCGGCUACCUCUUCUGCAAGUCCGUGCUCUCCAUCCUGCAGGCCGGGGCCUUUCCCGGGGCCUUUCCCACCUACAUCCGCUUCGUGUCGAGGAUCCUGGGCCUGGCGGCCUUCCUCACGGGCGUGAGCCUGCUGCCGGCCGUGAGCACCGAGCGCUGUCUCUCUGUGCUCUUCCCCACCUGGUACUGCUACCGGCGGCCCAAGCACAUGUCGGCCCUGGUGUGCGCCCUGCUCUGGGCCCUGGCCUUCCUCAUCACCACCAUCCACACCUACUUCUGCGUCUACGUCAGCCCCAGGCCCUCGUGGGGGGACUGCACCCACAUGGACAUCUUCCUGGGCAUCCUGCUCUUCCUGGUCCUUGCCCCGCUGAUGGUCCUGACCUGCCUGGUCUUCCUGCUGAGGGUGGAGUGCCAUGCCCCGCGCCGGCACCACUCCUCCAAGCUCAACAACGUCAUCCUGGCCAUCGUGGCUGUCUUCCUCGUGUCUUCCAUCUACUUGGCCGUCGACUGGUUCCUGUUCUGGAUCUUCGAGAUCCCGGCGCCUUUCCCCGAGUACGUCACGGACGCGUUCAUCUGCGUCAACUGCAGCGCCAAGCCUGUGGUCUACUUCCUGGUGGGGAGGGACAAGAAGCAGAGGUUCUGGGAGCCCCUCCGCGUGGUCUUCCAGAGAGCCCUCCGAGAUGGAGCCGAGCUUAAGGAGAGCGGGGACACCCCUAACACGGUCACCAUGGAGAUGCAGCCCACGGCGGCCACUUCCUGAGAAGUUGGGGGUGGCCCCGAGCCGGAGAACUUUCCUGGGCCUCGUGGGCGCUGCGUCAGGCCCCCAGCACCAGUCACACUGUAUUUGCACCCGUCCUCUGGCUGGAGGCUCCGGGAUCCGCAUCCGUCCAUCCAUCCCUUCCUUCAAGAACGUGGCCGCAGCACCUACUCAGUACCAGGCUCUGUGCUCCAAGCUGGGGGCUCAAAGACAAAAACCAGCAGUCCCUGCCUUCCGGGAGCUUACACUCCACUGCCGCGGGGACUAACGAAAGGCAGCUCUCCAGAAGACCCAGGAGGGAUCUUGGGUUCUUCUUGUCUCAUCCAACUGGUGUCUGUCUCCUCAAAUGACUGAUUCAAGCUAUCCUCAGGUCUCACAUAAGCUCUCCCCUCCUUCCAAGUGGGGCUCAGCCCUGGACAACGUUGUGAAGUUGAGAAGUGCGUCCCACCCCUAGAAUCCUGGUAACUUCCCCAAAAAUGGCACUGCCUUCCCGUCACUCCUCCCAGCACUCACCUCCGGAACCCCACUGGGCUGGCUUCGGUCUGCCCUCCUUGGUCCUUCCCUUCCACAGUGUCCCACAGAACAGCUAAAGUAACAGCGAGGCUGCCCCAUGGUCUGCCCUCCUUGGUCCUUCCCUUCCACAGUGUCCCACAGAACAGCUAAAGUAACAGCGAGGCUGCCCCAUGGUCUGGCUUCCUUGGUCCUUCCCUUCCACAGUGUCCCACAGAACAGCCCAAAGUGACAGCGAGGCUGCCCCACGGUCUGCCCUCCUUGGACCUUCCCUUCCAUAGUGCCUUAUAGAAGCAGCCUAAGUGGCAGUGAGACUGAUCUGAUGUCAGUUGCCCCACGCCCUUCACACAGCAACAGGUAAAACACAUUUUAACCAGAGCCUUCUGGAGAUAGUGGCCCCACCUUUCUGGCCUAGCCCCUUGGUACCUAAAAUGGUGGAAAUUUCUAAACAUACUUGGCAGAAGGGGAUGAAAAGGCUUUCUCUCCCCUUCGGUCUCAUUGUCCUCUGCCUUGUCGAGCAAGACUCGGCUCCAGCCUCUGACUAUCCCCAACCUAGUAAACUAUCAUUAAUUUAGAGAUGAAAGGAGAAAAUUGAGAACUGACUAAAGCUGAUUCUGUUGUUCUUCCCAAGUCCUUCCGAGUCCAUUUGCAGUUUUUAAAAAGUGAAUCCCAGAGCUGACCAUGUCUUAACAUGAAGAAGAGAUUUUUUGUGGACAUUCAUGGGAAGGAGCCUUUCAGCCUCCAUCACAUCACCCCCAGGGAGCUCUCCUACCAAGGAUCACAGAAGAUCAAGGGCAUAAGACACCUUUGAGGUCAUCGAGUCCAGCCGCCAACCAUUGAGUCCAACAGCCCAACAGGGCCUGCCACCAAGGGAGGUCUCCCUGAACAACCUCAGUCUGCUCCAGGAAAACUGCAGCAAGUUCCAAUGGACUCUAGUCUAGACCUGUCCCAUCAACCAGCCAGGCCGGGGCCCCCUACCCUGGACUUUCUACUCUUUCCCACAGGCCAAGGCAACCUCUCCAUCUCUGCCCAUCGAGAUCAUGACAGGCUCACAGCUGAAAGGCUCUCCUAAGUGUUUUCAAGGCCUCUCUGCUCCCUGAGGGCAGAUUACAGCUCUCUGCGGUCACAGAUAGCAGCUCUGAGAACUCUUGCCUUUUCCUGUAUCCUCUUGGGUUUUUUUUUUUUGAUGUUGUAUUGAUUAUUUUACAAUGUUGUCAUUUCCAAAAUGACCCACGUGCCCACAUUCUUUUUGUAAUAAAGUAUGGUUAAGCCGGACAAA